UGAGGUUUGCAGUAUUGCACACAUCUAAUAUUAGAGAGGAAGAAGGAGGAAACGCUGUCAGUAUUACAUUCAACUGCUAUUACUCUUCCUGUUCAAUGACUUAGACGUUUCAGACCCAUUUUAAUGAGAACAGCUGUUUUUUUUUUCUCUGAGUGAAUGGCUUCUUCCAAAACGUGUUGAGCCUCUCUGAGAGUAAAUUGUGUUACUAAUGGUGACUUCCAGUGCAGAUGGCUGAACAACAAUCAGGUGAAGCACACAGAGAAAACUCCAUGUUAAUUCUGGUUCAGCAAAACAGAAGGUGGUAACAAGCUCCUAUUCAAUAAAGCGAGGCACUCUUUCUGGUUUGGAAGGAACAGUGCUUUCGUGUCAGUGUUGGCUCCUGGUGACUCCCUGCAGUUUUCUUGGCAAGCUUUUUCAGAAGUAGUGAGCUGUUGCCUCUUUCUUCAGGCUGAGUGAAAGUACAUUGAACAGGGCUGAAAGUACCAAGCAGGAGACCUUAUACCAUUCUGGACAAGUGACUUAUCUGAAGUCACCCAGUUGGAUUUGGGGUAGAUUGGGAGCCUGAAGUUCAUUUCAUCGUGGGAGGAAGCAGACAACUGUUAAUAAGAAGAGCAGAUGUAUUAAACAGAUAAUGAGUUUCUGAAAACAAAGGCUUGUCUGAAAUACAUACCUCUAUUUUUACCGUUUUUAAAAAGAAUGCAUUGCAAAUGCUUCACUAAUGAAUAAAGGAUGUAAGUUUUCAUAACUCCUUUGCCUGCUGGAUGACACUGGAUUCUCUGUUUUAUGAACGUCAGAAGAGAAGAUGUCUCAAGAAUUUAACCUUAACUUACUUAAGGAACUGGAGCAAAACAUUGUUCUAAAUGUCCUUUGCCGUGACGAGAUGUUGAGAAAACUGGAGGAACAAAGAGUAAGCAAACUGAAAAUCCAACUGCAGCAACUUUGGCGUAAAGGAACAAAAAAUGCCAACUAUGGAUCUCAGAAACGGUCAUGUGCCCGUUGUCAGAAAUCGUUUGGAAUCCUGAUCGAUAGAGGAGCAGUGUGCAAAGGAUGCAGCCAUCAUAUAUGCUCUCAAUGUCGCAUUAUUAUAAAUGCCUUUCUGUGGAAAUGCACUGCCUGCUAUGCUUCUGAGGCUAUUAAAGUAAAAACAGGUGAAUGGUUCUUUGAGGAGCGAGCAAAGAAAUUCCCAACUGAAGGUAGAUAUGAAACUGCUGGUGCAAAACUCUUGAAAUCUUAUCAGAAAUUAAGCAAGGUAUCGGUGAUUCCUCCAACUCCUCCACCUUUUGCUGACUCCAUCAAUAGAACAAGUGCAUUGGAAUUUAAUCCAGGUUUCCACAAGUCUAUGGAAAACCUUUUUCUGACUUUUACCACACAUAUCAAAAAAAUCUCAAAAUCACAGAAUGAUGUGGCCAAUGAGAAAUACCUUCUCACAGCAAAUUAUGGGCCAGAUAACGAUCCAGUGAAGGAUAGGAGAAGCCUAUCCGAUACAGCUAUUGAUAUUUCAACGAGGAAAUCUUCAAGUAUCAAUGGAGAACAAGAUGACAGUAGAAUUGCUUGCAUAAAAGCAUCAAGUGAAGAAGUCAUAUGCUCCACAGUUACAAAUGAUGGCUUAAUUUGUGGAGAUAAAAAACGUGGUAGUUUAUGCAGCAUUACCAGCGUCUGCAGUGGGGCUGUUGACUUUACAAAAGCUGAUGUCUGCGGUGAAAUAGAAUUUGCCAUUAGAUACAAUUUCAAAUUUGGCAUUUUGGAAGUAUGCAUCAGUGCCUGCAAGAAUUUGGCCUACGGAAAGGAAGAAAAAAAGAAAUGCAAUCCAUAUGUCAAGACUUACUUGCUGCCUGAUAAAUCUCCUCAGAAUAAACGGAAGACUUCUGUCAAAAAGAAUACACUGAAUCCAACGUUCCAAGAAAUAUUAAAGUACAAUAUUGAAUAUUCCCAACUGCAAACCCGACAGCUUCAGAUAUCUGUCUGGCACACUGGAAUUUUCAGACAUCCUGUAUUCCUUGGAGAAGUGGUAAUAGAUUUUGAUUCCUGGGAUUUUGAAAACUACUCUACUCAGUCAUUCAACUGGUACCAAUUGAAAGCCAAAAUGACAUGACUGCAUUCGAUUUACUUAUGUUUACUGUAUUUAUACAUGUUUCCUGUUUCUUCAGAUUUUAAGAAUAAAUGUGCCGUAAGCAGUUCAUUUCUUGCAAUGAAGUAGGUGUUAAGUAUUUUCAUACUAGAAUCAUAGAGUGCAAUUAGAAUGCACCCCAGAGAUCAUGUAAUCCCUUCCCUGUGCCAGCUAGGUAAAAUUGCUGAGCUUGACUCCUGGAAAUUUCAUAAACACAUCCAAGUAGUUUACGUUUGCACAUAGUACAAAUAUGCCCUGUUGUAACCUUCCAGGAUUUUUUGACUUCUUGAUCUAACAUCUGACUCUUUCCUGACUCUUCCACAAAUGUCCCAUCCAAAGCAUUAACCAGGUUUGUCCCUGCUUUUUUUUUUUUUUAAGGAUUUAUCUAGGUCAGCAGAUCCCUGUUAUUCCCCCUGGCAUUUGGAUCAGGUAGUUAGGUGAGCACUGUUGAUGAUAGGCCUUUAUGUUUUGGGGUUGUCAUUUUAACCAGAAUAUCAUGGGUUAUAUUUUAUUGUUGUGUUUUAAUCUUUUUAUGCUGACCAGAAUUAUUAUUAUUAUUAUUUUUUAAAUUUGAUUUAUAUGCCGCCCUUCUCCGAAGACUCAGGGCGGCUUACAAUGUGCUCAGCAAUAGCCUUCAUCCUUUUGUAUAUUUAUACAAAGUCAGCUUAUUGCCCCCACAACUGGGUCCUCAAUU